AUGCCGUUCAACACCCAACUCACCCAGAAACUGGGGAUCAGAAUCCCUGUUGUUCAAGGUGGCAUGCAAUGGGUUGGAUAUGCAGAACUAGCAUCAGCUGUCAGUAACGCCGGCGGACUUGGAAUACUUACCGCCUUGACACAACCUACACCUGAAGACCUCCGGAAGGAAAUCCGAAAGACGAGGACCAUGACCAAGAACCCGUUCGGCGUAAACCUCACUUUCUUGCCCGCUCUUACGCCGCCAGACUACCCCAGUUACGCCAAAGUCAUCAUUGAAGAAGGCGUACGUAUCGCCGAGACGGCAGGAAACAACCCUGGCCCUAUCAUCACACAGCUAAAGAAGGCCGGCUGCAUUGUGCUUCAUAAAUGUACAACCAUCCGACAUGCCAAGUCCGCCGUCAAGUUAGGCGUGGAUUUCUUGUCCAUCGACGGCUUUGAAUGUGCCGGACACGUUGGAGAGACCGAUAUUACAAACUUUAUUCUCUUGAGCCGCGCCAGACAGGACCUGGGCGUCCCGUUCAUUGCAUCCGGCGGCUUCGCUGACGGCAAUGGCUUAGCCGCUGCUCUGGCCCUAGGAGCCUGUGGAAUCAACAUGGGCACGCGAUUCAUGUGCACUGUUGAGGCACCUAUCCAUAUCAACGUUAAGGAAGCCAUUGUGAAGGCAGACGAGUCAGAUACCCAGCUGCUCCUUCGCCGGUGGAGAAAUACAUCCCGCCUCUUCAACAACAAGGUUGCGGCGGAGGCAUACAAGAUUGAGAAGGAGAGCCAAACGGGUGAAUUCUCCGAGCUUGCGCACCUCGUGAGUGGAAAACGUGGGCGUCAAGUUUUUAUAGAUGGUGACGUUGAUCACGGAGUCUGGACCGCGGGACAAGUCAUCGGCCUUAUCCACGACAUCCCAACCUGUGCCGAACUCCUCACUCGUAUCGAGAAGGAGGCAGUCGAAGUCAUGGCCUCCACCCACAAGCUAUAUACGCCAGCCCCUCAGAGCAAGCUAUAG